CGUAGCCAGAGUAGAGUUAGGCGUAUAUAAGGCCCGCCGGCCCGGCCCAAGUCAGUCAUUCACCGGACUACUAGCCCACCAUACACACACCAAACAUGAAGGCCUUUGUUGUGUUCGCCUGUCUGGCAGUGGCGACGGCCCGCGCCGGAAUCGCACAUGGACCUGGCUAUGCUCUUGCCGGUGGUCAUGGUCUUGGUCUGGCAGCCGGUGGUCAUGGUCUUGCCCUGGCAGCCGGUGGAGGUGCUAGUCUCUCCGGUGGACUUGCAGCGGGUGCCGGUAGCGCGAGAUCUUUGCAAGAGGGAGCGUCCAGCUUGGGAUCAUCAUCUCUCGGUGUCAGCUACGCUGCUGGAUCUGCGGCGGCGGCUGGCGCUGCUGGAAUUCAACAGAUUGUCUCUGGUGGCGUGAUCGGAGGCAGGGCUGACAUUGGACCCGCCGAAGGACCCAGGGCUAACGUUGGACCACAGAGCGGACCAUCUGACCUCGUAGGACCCCAAGAAGGUGCCAAGAACGUCGGUGGACCUCGUACCGGCCCAGCUGGUCUCGUUGGACCUGCCACUGGUCCAUUCACCUCCGUGGGUGCUUCAGCUGGUACCUCCACCCUCGUUGGACCGUCUCAGGGUACUGCCAACUUGGUAGGACCAUCCUCGGGAGGUGUGAACUUCUACGCUGGCAGUGGCAACAUCAACGGUGACGACGGUAGCUCUGGCUCUGCUGCCGCUGGUGCGCCAAGUGCUCUCGGUGGUGCUGGACUCGCUCUCGGUGGCGCUGGUGCCAUCGCUGUUGUGGGUGGUGGUGCCGGACUCGGCGCUGGCCUCGGCGGACACGACGGUGGUGUUGCUGUGAUCAACGGACCGUCUGGCGCCAUCCACGCUGGACUCGGCUCUCACGGAGCUAUCAUCCCCGCCGCACUCGGCAAGUACUAGACGUUCUAAGGCCCCAGCGAUCUCGGCUCGGCGACGGCGGCAAACCCACCACAGUCACUUACCGGUCUCAAACGAUCCUCAAACGCGCUCAACGUCUUCUUCCCAAAGCUUCGUCCAAUCUAGGAACAUGGUCAUAGCGCCGGCGUUAGUGGUGUAGUCGGUAUAUAGUCAGAAUAUAUUCUAAUCACACAAGUCCAGUCGGUAUAUAUCGAGACACGGUGCGAAAAGCGCGAGUCGAAAGCCCAGCACGCCGGCCUCCUGGCGCCGUCGGGACGAUCACGGGUUCAGAUCUCGACAAAGAGGGAAACGCAAAGAAGAAAAG